AUGGCAGCAUUCAAACCCUUUUCUGGGUUCUUUGUCCUAUCAGUAUUUCUGCUAUUUGCCUUUAAUCCCACAGAUGGGCAGGGACAGCUGGAAGUUGGGUUCUACAAGAAGACAUGCCCACAAGCAGAAGCUAUUAUUAAGAAUGUUACAGAUUAUGUCAUGAAGGUUGCACCCACUCUUGGUGCUCCUUUGAUGAGAAUGCACUUUCAUGAUUGCUUUGUUAGGGGUUGUGAAGGUUCAAUACUGUUGAGCUCUCCUACAAACCAAGCUGAAAAGGAUGCUAUUCCAAACCAAAGCCUUAGAGGUUUCCAGGUUAUUGACAACGCCAAGGUUGAACUCGAAAAGGCCUGUCCUGGAGUUGUUUCUUGUGCUGAUACCGUAGCCAUUGUUGCUCGGGACGUCACGGUUAAGCUAGGAGCAGAACGCUGGGAAGUUGAGACUGGAAGAAGAGAUGGAAGGGUUUCAAAUAUAACACAGGCUUCAAAUGAGGUUCUGUCACCCUUUUUAAACAUAACUCAGCUAAUAUCAGGAUUUCAAAAGAAGGGUCUAAGUGUGAAGGACCUAGUAGUUCUAUCAGGUGGACACACUGUGGGGACUUCACACUGCUUCUCCUUCGGAUCUCGGAUGUACAACUUCACCGGAAAAGGAGACACUGAUCCUUCAAUGGAUCGCAAGUACAUACCAUAUAUGAAGAAGAAAUGCAAUGCAACAGAUGUAACCACACUUGUAGCGCUAGACCCAGGAAGCUUCAAAACAUUUGAUACAAACUACUAUACACUAGUGGCUAAAAGAAGAGGUCUACUCCACUCUGAUGCUGCUCUUCUUGAUAAUCCUGAGACCAGAGCUUAUGUGAUUCAGGCAACUACCCAUAAAUCCACUUUCUUCAAGGACUUUGGUGUGUCCAUGGUGAGAAUGGGCAGGAUUGGUGUUCUUACUGGUUCUGCCGGUGAAAUCAGGCGUGUGUGCUCCAAGGUUAAUUAA